UAGAACAUUACCUGACCCGAACUUCAUCCAUGUCUUUGAGGACCUCUGAUCUCCUUAUCAACUGUUUCUUCCAUGAUGAAGAUUUCCCGCACUCAAGGCACUAAUACACCUCCAGGGUUGUGUGGGACCCCUGAUGUACAGGAAGACAGGACUUCAGUGAGGAACAUUUCCCUCACUCAGGACAGGAAAGUGAUUUCUCCCUCGUGUGAGAUCUCUGAUGUCUGUGAAGACUGAACUUGUUUGAAAAACAUUUCCCGCACUUGGAACAGGGAUACAGCUGCUCCCCCGUGUGAGAUUUUUGGUGUCUGUAAAGAUGGGACUCCGUUGAAAAACAUUUUCCGCACACAGGACAGGAAUAUGACUUCUCUCCCGUGUGAGAUCUCUGAUGUCUGUAAAGAACAGAUGUCUGUGAAAAACAUUUCCCGCAUGCAAGACAGGAAUAUGGCUUCUUCCCCAUGUGAGAUUUCUGAUGUCUAUGAACACUGGACUUCUCUGAAAAACAUUUCCCGCAUUCAGGACAGGAAUAUGGCUUCUCCCCCAUGUGAGAUCUCUGAUGUUUAUAAAGACUGUACUUUACUGAAAAACAUUUCCCACACUCCGGACAGGAAUACGGCUUCGCCCCCGUGUGAGAUCUCUGAUGUUUGUAAAGAUUGGACUUAUCUGAAAAACAUUUCCCACACUCAGGACAGGAAUAUGGCUUCUCAGCUGUGUGAGAUCUUUUAUGCACCUUAAGAUUAGAUGUAGAACAGAAACCCUUCCCGCACUCAGUACAGAAAUAUGGCUUCUCCCCCGUGUGAGACUUCUGAUGUUUGUAAAGAUUGGACUUCUCUGAAAAACAUUUC